ACAAAUAAAUGUCAUCGGUUUUUGUUGAGUGCAACUGGUGCAACUGUUCGCGGAGGGGCCUUGUUUUCUCAUCAUUUUCCACCGAUUUUUCAACUAAAAUAGUGAUACAAAAUGAUCCAUUACUAAUCGGUCCGUUGGCUGAUAGUUUGCUGCCCCAGAUUCCAGCAUUCGCAUAUUCCGCGCAACUGCAUUUAGCACCUGUAACCACCACACCAAAGCACCAGCGCCGCGAAGGGUUUCCGCGCCGAAUGACGUGGAGAAAACAGCAGCGACCCAGCACCACAGCAGCGCUUUUCCAACCGAUUACGGCAAAUAGUUUAGCAAGGGUGUGAUUUUUAGACGCAGAACACAAGCCUGCAAAAUGUUUGAAAUUACAGACACACAAAAAAUCGGAGUCGGUUUGGCUGGUUUCGGUAUAACGUUCCUGUUCCUGGGGACGCUUUUACUGUUCGAUAAAGGACUGCUGGCGAUAGGGAAUAUUCUCUUCGUGUGCGGUUUAGCCUGCGUGAUUGGACUCGAACGAACGUUUCGCUUCUUCUUUCAAAAGCAUAAAAUGAAGGCAUCGAUCGCGUUCUUCGGCGGCAUUGCGAUCGUACUGCUCGGCUACCCGUUGAUCGGCAUGCUGAUCGAGACGUACGGCUUCAUACUGCUCUUCAGCGGGUUCUUCCCGGUGGCCAUAAACUUUUUGCGCCGGGUACCGGUGCUGGGCAACAUUCUCAACAUGCCCGGCAUUAGCCGGACCGUCGACUGGUUGGCCGGCGAGUCGGACCGAACAACGGGCGCAGGUUACAGCGACUGAGAAAACUACGACCAGCGAUCGUAAUACCAGCAAUCGAGCGAUGUGAAGCAAUGGAUUUAGUCGGUCCCUAGGGUCUAUGAACAGCUCGGAAAAUAAAUGAAUCCCUUGUUUGUCUCACCGACUGCUUAGCCGGAAUUGUGUCCCAAACGUCGUCAAAA